CAUAGACACACACACACAUACACACACACAUACACGUAAUCCCACAAACAUACACAUUGACUCAGGGAAACCCAAGUUCUAACAGGUGCCAUUAUCAAAAAGCAUGUCAAGCACUGGAGCAUCAAAUCUUGGCAAACGCCUGUCAUCGGAGAUGGAGCAUGCCCAGAGGGUUUUGGACAUGGAUGCGGGCCAGCAGCUGAAGCUGAAGGAGAGACAGCGCUUCUUUGAGGAGGUCCUCCAGCACGACGUGGACGUCUACCUGUCCACAUCGCACCUCCAGAUCGACAACAAGAAACCUCCUAUGGGGAGUAUCUCAUCAAUGGAGGUGAAUGUGGACCUGUUGGAGCAGAUGGACCUGAUGGAUAUCUCCGAUCACGAGGCCCUGGAUGUGUUCCUCAACUCUGGGAGUGACACCGGCCCGCUGGCCUCGCCCCUACCAGACGUGUGCGAUGAAGAUGAUGAUGAUGAUGAGGAUGAGAAUGAGCUGAUUUACAAGGACGGAGUGGGCCCUCAGGGAUCCAUCAGGCGACGCCCCGGUUCUAAGAACCGAGGGUCAUCCGGGUCCACAGGCUCAGCUGACCCAGACAGCCAGGACACAAGUGAGGGCGGGGAUUACACACCCGUCAUCCAAUCAGACGAGGAGGAGGUGCAAGUCGACACGUUCCUCUUCUCCGCUACGUCAUCAGGGAAGGAGGAGGAAGAGGAGGAGGAGAAUGAGGAAUGAGAGAUUUUGAAUAGGUGUGACGGUUAUCCAACUACAGUUAGCAGAGUGUGAGAAGGUCACGUGUGAUCCUCGUUAGCUUCCUCCCCUUUCUUUCCCACAGACAGUGUUGUACCCUUGCCAGUCUCUUCAGAGAAACUCCAAGGCCGACCGCAAAAGAACUGGUAGAUGCCAUGCCUUCUUCUCUAGGCUGGCACAAUAGCAGCCCUGUGGGACACAGCAGUCUACUCAUGCGCCAAGCUUUUCAAAUGCCACUGUUAUGUACAUGUAAUUGCAAAUUUCACAAGUGGAAACAAAUGAUGCCCUUCAACUGCCAUGCAUAUUUUUUUAUGGAGUAACACUUUAUUAUGGGUGUAACAGUUCACAAAAAAUAAUUGGCUAAACUGACAUAUGGUCCACCAUUUAAUAUGUUUGUGUGGGAAACAAUUCAAUGGCAAAAGAACCUGUUGAUUGCUGGUAAAAACUGCAUCCGGUACACAUCUGCAUUGAACGUCCUGUACUAAACAGUUCGGUAUGAAUACGUGUACCUUUACACCCCUACUUAAUUAGGUGUCAUAUUAACGUUUUAUGGCCAGAGUAAAAAAAAAAUACAUGAAGAGAAGCAGAGUUAUGUGUGGUUAAUCAAUUACCAUGAGUGGUUUAUUAUUUAGUGGUUAAAUGUAUUAUUCAUCUCACAAGUAGAUCCCAGUGUUGUAACAGCGAAACAAACAGACAGAAAUCCUGACAGCUGACUGCCAAAUGACAUGAAAAUAUUUUGUCUAUCUGAGAGGAGUCUAUACUUUUCAUUUCCUGAGACAUAUUUGACCUUAAACAGGAACUCUGUUGACAUGACACAUGCAAAGUGUGUUAGUCCUUUGAGCCUGCGGGGUGGGAGGCAGAAAACCAGGUACUGUCUCAGCUAGAGGGUGGCAAACUGUGUGGAAGAGCUGAAAUGGCUUAAGCAUUAAGGGCCGUUCACACCAAGAAUGAGAACUGUAAUGAUAACGGCAAAGUAUUGCUCUAGCUAAUAUGAAUGACAAUGUCCACACAUGAACUAUAACAUUAGCUGAUCCACAAUAUGCGGCUCUUUGUCAAGCGGAUGUCCGACCCUUUGGGUAAUAUGCUGCUUAUAUGCGGACAUUAUGUGUGAACGACACCGAUGCACAUGAACAGUGGCUGAACAGAUUGAACGUGGUUGAACCCACACAUGAACAGAAUCUCUGGAUGUUCUUCACUUUGUUCAGACAUGCACUCAUUUACAUGGAGAGAGUUAUCUAUAUAUAUAUGAAUAUAUAUAUAGAUAUAGAUAUAUGAAUACGGCCCAACCGCUUGACAUCCACAGAACAUGCAGACUUACACCUAUGUCUGAAAGCAGCUAUUAACAACAUGAAGAACAAUAUUGUCAGGGUCACUUUCAUUUCUCGUUAUAGUUAACGUUCUUGGUGUGAAUGACCCUUUACUUCUUUCAUUUUUCUUGGCCUUUCAGCCUCAGUGUUUGUGAUUCAUUGAUUUCUCAUUGAUUUACUUCCAUUUGCAUUGAAUCAUUACACAUGCUGUACAGGACUCAAAGCCAUUGCUUACAGUACCUCACACACAAUUGCUUUACACUCUCAAGACAGCUCUCUCUACUGUAUUAUGUGAUCUACGUGUAUCUACGUAAUAUGUGUGGGACAAUUUAAUGAGCAUGGGUCUGAAUAACUUUACUUUUGAAUGCAUGCCAUUAUGUAAGCAUUUCACAGAAAGCAGAAAGAGUACUUUCCUUUGUAGCGUAUAAGUGCUUGAAGUAAAGCAUGUCGCCUUGAUAAAGCAGACGGCUCAUUCCAACAUCAUGAAAAAAAAAUUGGCAUGGAAAGUGGUUUGGUCAGAUUUUGCAGUAAGGAUAGUGUGGCAUGAGUUUAAGCCUAUAACUCCUGUUAUAAAAACUGUUUUUGUAUUGUCAUGUCUUUGUAAGUGUAUGUGCGUGUGGAUGUGUAGUUGUGUAAAUGUUACUGCGUGUGUGUGUGUAUGUGUGUGUUUCCAAAAGAACACUGCGUGUAUGGUGUGUCGGUGUAAAAAAAAACAGUUGUACGUUUCCCUCCCCACCUACCAUCUUCAGGAUGAAGAAAUAAACAUGUUCAUACAUAUCCAA